GAUGUUAUGACGGUGACAACAAGUUUUACCCGAUUGGAGAAUAUAUGGAACAAGAUUGUGAGACGUUCCAGUGUCAACAGCGUGGAUACACAGCCAACUUUUACCUUGUUGAAAAAGGUUGUAUGUACAAGAACAGGUGUCGUCCUGUCGGAUACUCAUGGUCCGACUCCGAGAACUGUCGAUUCUUUUAUUGUACAUCCGAGCAGAGUGGCGUUGGAGUAAUCGAGUCAGUUGUCAAAGAGAUGGACGGAUGUUGGGACAGUCGAAAUGAAAAAUGCAGAGAACCCGAGGAGACUUGGUAUGAAGGUUGCUUUGAAAAGCAAUGCAUCGUAACGAAGACAAAGAAAUAUACCGUAUUGAAACAGAUAGUUAUUCUAUCUGGUGGGUGUGAACAGACAAUUGGCAAUAAAAAGUUUUGCCACGCCCCCGGCGAAAUUUGGAGUGAGGAUCGAGAAGAUAUGUGCCAACAAAUGCAGUGUCAAGUCAAGAAAAACGUUUACAUCUCGAAUCCAUUAAAACCAUUGUGCCGCGAUAUAGAGGGAAAUUGCCACGAUUCUGGAGAUGUUAAUUUCGAUGCCAAGGUAAAUGGUGAAGUCCUUCGCAACUGCAAGUGUAAAAUAAGAAACAAGAAAAUCAACUACAACUGCAAAGGAUAGACUCCAAUAUUUUCUUUUCUGUAAUCAACAAACAACCGAUAUACUUUAGUACUGUAUUCUACAUUUAUCUUUCAAUAAAAAAGUUGUCUAUUUCUUCACAAA